AUGACCACUAUGGUACAAGCCAUAGAAAAUCCAAGUCUUGAAAGAAACUGGACGAGUGCCAUAGAAAAUCCAAGUCUUGAAAGAAACUGGACGAGUGCCAUAGAAAAUCCAAGUCUUGAAAGAAACUGGACGAGUGCCAUAGAAAAUCCUAGUCUUGAAAGAAACUGGACGAGUCUAUUGGACAUGCGCGAGGCAGAUCAGAUGAAGUUAAGUAGAGCAUUGAAGACGCGCGAAGAAGGCAAUAAACUUUAUUUUAGUAGUAGUAAAAUGUUUUUUCUAAGUGUUCUUAAAAUGCGUCCAGUAUUGAAGAAGCGCGAAGGAGAAUUGAAGAAGCGCGAAGAAGAAUUGGAGAAGCGCAAAAUAGAAUUGGAGAAGCGCGAAGGAGACUUAAAAGGAGAUAUGGACGGAAAGACCCACAAAGGAAUGGCAGAAGUGUUCGAAAUGCCCGAAGCAGACAGUGGGAGCCUGGGGUCACGUCGCACAGCUGGAGAUGCAACCGAAAUAAACGAAUCUCGUGAUGACGAUGUAGUGUUAGAUCCCUUUCUCUGUUCAGGGAGUCUAACAGACAUUAGAGAAUUAAUUGAAUCGGGUAAGCUGCCAAGCCAAAAAAUACUUGAUGAGAUGUGUAAGGUUUACGAGAGGAAAUCCCAAGAGAUAGCUAUCACAUGCAAGGCAAUUGUUGAACAUAUAAAAUCGAAACAUGCCGGUAUUGUACAUGUUUGGGCUGCUUAUACAAUUCAAAACCCGCAUAAAAUAAUUUUUGUAGUAAUUGUGAAAGACAAAUCAGAAAAUGACGAUAGGACAGAGCCUCUAAGUUUAGAUAAAUUGAUUACGUAUUCAUUUGUCAACCAAUACGUCGGCGAAUUUAGCUCAGAAGGCUCAGAGGUAAUUAAGAAACAUACCUCAGCUUCUGAAGGAUUUGAUGAAGAGUCCUAUCAAAAACUUCAGAGCUGCAUUUCAAAACACUCUGAAGAUCUGAUGAAGAAGCACAAGUAUCUGUCAAUUAUAUCUGCAUGCUCAAAUCGAUCAAAAGGAUUUGACGAAUCAUGGGAAUUGGUGCCAGAAAAAUGUAUCGUCCUUUACGUCCAGAAAAAGAGUUACAUUCCAAUUGAUGAAGAACCAUUUAAAACAAAUUAUGACGACAUUCCAGUUGAUGUUAGAGAAGGGGCCUUUAUUCCGUACGGACAUACUGCCGGGGAAAAGCUAGAUCCUGUAAGAAUGGGAUGUCAAAUAGGUGGAGAUAGUUUUAGCGGCACCCUUGGCUGUUUUAUAGAUCAUCCUCAAUACGGAGUUUGUGGGCUGACAUGUGCACAUGUACUUUUACAUUCAUUGAAGCUGAAGCGGUUGAAAUCAUUAGGUAUGGUGAAAUGGCCAUUGCAUGGUAUGUCCACAAAUGUUUAUCAACCUGCUGAUAACCAGUCUGUAUUAGGAAACGUUGUUCAACUUAUCUGCAAAAAAGGCACAGGCAAUACCUGUGGAAUGGAUGUGGCUUUGUUCAGAAUCACAGACAGACAACCGAAAACGGCAAAUUUCCCUGAUGCAACGGCAAUUUCGGGAUCAAGUUUUCAGACAAUAAACUAUGACAGUUGGCGAAUGUGUGACACAGGUAUGCUGAAUUUAACGCAAGAUCGUGUUGUGAAAUUUGGAUCGACAACAGAAUUAAGAGAUGGAAAAAUCAUAUUUGAUGCUAUGGGAGUAAAAGAAUUAGAGAGCUGUCCACUGUUUUCAGGAUGUGCAACUAUAACAUUGUUUAACCAAAUUGAAGUUAAAGAUCAUACACAUGGCCUUCCUUUUGCUGACCGAGGCGACUCAGGGGCACUUGUCUUCGUUGUUGACGACAACAAUUCUCAACAUACAUGUAUAGGGAUUGUAGAGGGAGGUACAACAUACGGGACAGUAGUUGUUACUCCUAUUGUUCCUAUAUUAGAGGAACUUAACGUGCCUUGUUUAAAAAGUUUUGAAACAGAAAUAAAUUUGUCUCAUAUCCAUGACAACAUAAAUAACUUAAAAGCACAUAUAAACAUAGUGGAAAGUGGUGUUCAGGGUAUGCAUGGUGAUAUUCAAGGUUUACAUGGUGAUAUUCAGGGCAUGCAAGGUGAAAUGCAGACUGUUCGCCAAGACAUUCAGAACGUCAACAGUAACGUGCAGGCUAUAGGAAGUGCAUUUCAAGGUGUACAAACACUUAGCAGUGAUAUUCAGAUAAUAAAACAACAUCUUUUAAAUCCUCGUCCGUAAAUUGAUGAACAUGAUCAAUUAUGAUUGACAGAAUCGCUAAGCUCAGAUAAUGACCAAAAUGAUUAUUUCGCGCUUAAAUAUUACAUCCCAUGCUUUAUGCUUUUAAGAAUACUAGUGAACAUUUUUAUUCGCUGUUUGUAGCAUUAUAAUUUUAGGGAUUUGGUCGUUUUUUAUAUAAAUAUGAUUUCAAAAACAAAGUAUGAUGUAGUAUAUGUGUAGGUUAGGACACAUCCCUCCUUAUUUGGUCAUACAUAAUUGAUCAGGUUGUUAAAUGUUGUUUCCUAACGAUUUUAUUACAUUUACUUUAAACAAACUUUUUUGUGGUUUAAGUUAUAUAAAGCCAUGUUCCUUCCCCUGUUAUGGUAUUCAAUAAGAACUAUUUUAACAAUGCUAGGUAUUGUAGGAAGACAGUACUUUAUGUUGAGCUCAAACUUAGUCUUUAUUUAGUUGAUACACAGAAAAUAAGAUAUGUUUAACAUGAUCAAUCCAAAUUUCCUUAAUGAAACCAUAAACAUUUUGAAUACCUUUAGAAUAUAACAAUGAUUCUUGUCUUCUUUUGUUUUGCUUUUUGUGUUUUUUUCUUUUUAUCCUGUUUGUUUGUUGUUGUUGAUUUUUUGUAUAAUUAAUAUUGUGUGCAUAUUUAACACAGUCAAUAUAAUAUAGUCAAUGUACAUAUAACCAAUAUUUUUGAUGGACGUUAAGUGUAAAAUAAAUUGACCUUAGAACGGUCGUUGUUUGAUCUCUCACGCUCUGGUGAUAUAGUGUCAUCACUCAUCUUCCGUCUAUCAGUCAGUACACACUUCUUUUAGAAGAAUCUACUCCUAAAACCACUUGUUAAAAAGAAACUAGGAAUGAUCGUUGUGUGAUCCAUUUUCAAGUUCUUCAAAAUAUCCGUUUUAGGCGUACCUGUGAUUACCAUGAAAACCGAAAAAAAACUUUAAAAAUGAGGUCAUGUGUUUUUUUUCUAAUAUUUAUAUAUAGUAAAAGUCAUCUCCUUCAAGAAUAAAAGCAAGUGACAUAUGGGAUGUUACACGAAUGACCAAUUCAUUGCCAUUAGGGUCAAAAUUUGCUCCCCUUUCGGCGGCCAUGGGUUUUCCCUAAAAUGUAAGAUGGCCCUCUUGUCCUUAUUCAGCUUUAUCAUAUUAUGAAAUAUGUUUCGAAGUUCGUGGCACUAAAUAACUCUUUACAGAAAUAAUGUGCGCUAACAAUGGGCAUACUAUAUGUGUUCACCGAUACUCGUUUGAAUAAUUGUAUACUAAAUUACUUUAGAGUCUGUUUCAACAUCUUUAAUGUAAUAUUUCUUUUGAAUGUGUUUAGUUAAUUUUGAAGAUAAUAUGGGAUAUUGAAAUAUAGUCUUAAGAUAUGAAAGCGAUAAAAUUAUGUUUUUGUUGGCUAAUACAUGUAUGUUUACGUAUGAAAUGUAUUGUUCACAAACUUGUCAGAGCAAGUUGUGACUGGAUAUGGAAUCAAUUUUCUUACUGCUAAUUCUGUAAUAUGUGGUUUAUGAACAUAUAUUAAGUUUUUGGGUGUUUGGGAGUAUUCUGCUAAUUAUGUUACAACAUUAAUGAUUGCUUUAUCCUUCGCAUAUCAAUUUAAAUACAAUAUUGCGUUGCAUAAAUCAGUAGCUGUACGUUUGCCGAUUACUUUAUGUCCUGAAUAAAAGUUUUUUUUCUUAUGUUUUUCAGUAUACUUUUGCUUUGUUUUUAAUAGCCUUUAAUCAUAUAAUUCAGAGGCACAAAAGGGUGAUCAUUUGCACGUGCGCGUUUGUACAUCGCCUUCGUGCAUAGCUGCCCCCAUAACAGAACUGUUCCUCGAUGAAAACACUAUGUCAAAUAGUAAUUUCUAUACAGGAAAUGAUGUUGUGUCAAAUUCAUAGAACAAUUGAUUGAAUAAUAAUUCACUAGAUCAACAAGAUUUUCAUAAGCUGACAAGGAAAAAUGCCCAUCGAUGUACUUCAAAUGAACAUGUGUAAAUGUUUUCCUAAAAAGGAGAAUUCCUUUCAUUAUAUGUUUACAUCAAUAUUGACAUUUAGAGAUGUCAGUUAUUUUUGUAUUCAUAGCGAAAUAAAGGAGUGAAUGUUAUCAUAAUUUUUUGGCUGUGUUGUUGUUUAAUGAUUAAUAGAAGAAUUGUACGGUAUAGAAUGAUUUGGUUUUUAUGAAUAUAUAUUUGCGUUUAGUUAUUAUUUGUUAUAAUCAUACAUCUUCGAAUGUGUGCGAGGGAGUGAUUUUUACUGACAUAACAAUUUAUCAAUUUAUCCCUAAGAUCUUGAUCAAAUCAUCAGAUUAGUGAAUAACAAUAAGAAUAUCACCACAUUAUAUUUGUUAACAAAAGAACACAUGUCAAUGUUGGUGGUACAAUCUUUUUUAUAUUCAAAUGAAAGAUUAGUGUAGAGAUUUAUCAAGUUAGCAUGUGUUAGUUCCUUUGACUGCUUGAAUAAAAGUUUAAUCAUA